GAAAAAACUGCAAGAAAAAUGUAUUGGAACAUUUGACAUUUAUAUCUUCGAAAAUGAUUUUUCGAUGUCGACAGUUUAUUCCGAAAUCCGGCUCCACAUUAAAUGUUAUGUAUUUAUUACAAUUAAACAUUUAUUACUACUGAAGCUACUCUUUUCUCAUAAUUUAUUUAAACCCACCAUUUUCGAUUAGUGUUAUAUUGUAUAGAAUUCUAACAUAAGAAAAUGUUAAAUAUUUGAAUAUCGAAUGUAUCAUCGUAACUCAAAGAACUUUGCAACACUAUUUCGUGGCUAUCAGCUGGAUUUAGCAUUCGAAACUGUCAUCAAUUGGUAUUUUGCAAGGAGGGCGUCGAGCGAAUUGAUUAAAUCUUUUUCUUGUCUUUCCAAUGAUAUUGCAUAAAUUUUAAAAUUUGUGUAAAAAGUUGGAAGCCAUUUAUAGUAUUUAUAAUGCUGACUACUUUGGCCAAUAUUAAACACAUUCUCCAGAAAGAGCUCUUCAAUGGAAAUGGGGAGCGAGUGUUGUCUGUGGUAACGGUGACAAAAACAUUUAAAAAGAAGAAGGCUUGUUAUUUAUGUAUCGUAACCACUCCACCUCCUGUGCCUGUAGUUACUGUAUGCAUAGUGAAGCAGUCCGAGCAGAGAGAAGGCGAGUAUAAAAAGAAACGUACCUGGCAGCUGGAGGAGAUUAAAUGGGUGGAUGGCCGCAAUGAGCAGUUGGAAACACAUGAAUUUGAUAUACAAGUUGAAAAAACAUAUAAAUGGUAUGCCUUAAAUUUGCACGAACGUCAAAAUUUUCUUGCUGUGCUAUACAAACAGAUACAAAAGUAUGUGAGAGCCCAACGAGCAGAAUUUCGAAAUGUGCCCAAUGCGUGGCUAAACGACAAAUCACCAGAAAAAUUGGCUGCUGGGCGAAGUGCCGAACAAAAAAAUAUUCAAGAUACAGAUGACGAAGAAGAAGCGCAAGAGUUUACCGCACUUACAGAUAAAGAAGCUACUGAGUUGGGAAAGUUGUUUUCUGAAUGUGACUUUGCAGUGAAGGACGCGGAGCAACUUAUUGAAAAAUUGUCCAAGGAACUUCAUGAUUUAGACGGGGCAAACAUUCAAAGUGUAUUGGCAUCUGAAAAGCAAGUAUUUGCUUUAAUGGAGCACAUUGAUAAAGCCAUCGCUGAAGCUGAUAGUUUUGAGAAACGUUUGGACUCAUAUGAAGAGAUUUUAGGACAUGUAAAGGAGACCAUGGAGAAGAUUGGUGGUAAAAAUGCUAUGAUAGAAAUUGCUAACAACAACAACAUAAAAUUGAUGAAGGAAUUAAAUAAAGUAAUUUCUCAGUUGGAUCUGCCACAUGUACAUCAACAGGCGCUGGAUGAACCCGAUUUAAAAACUGUUAGUGGUAGAAAAGCUGCCAUUGUUGCGGCACAGAGUUUACAACAGGCGAUGAACAGUGACAUUGACCCAACUCUGCUUCGUCUAGAAGCAGUGCAGGACCAACGUAAACGAUUUGAAAAAUGGAAAGCAAAGUUCUCGGGAAUUGUUAGUCGCUUUAUGAACAACUUGUUUAUACAUUUGGGAAAUGAAAUGGGCGAUAAUACGACAAUGAAUACUGAGCUUGUACUACCUAACCAUCUAGCGGUACAUCGUGAGCUAACGCCUUAUACAGAGCUUAUGCAUUGGACGAAGGCUAUGGACCGAAAAACUUAUGAUGGUUUAACCCGUGUGUAUACCACAUCGCUAAGUAAGAUUUAUGAACGUGAUAUCAGGAACUUUUUUUCCUUGGCUAAACUCCAGAUAUCCGAAAAAUUGCGGACAUCUCGUGAAGACCUUGAUACAUCAGCUUCAUCGAAAAAAUCCGCUAUAUCUGCAGCACCUUACGGUACAUUAGGUGUGAAUCGUGACCAGUGGGGGCCUGGAGUGGAGAACACAGAUCGCGAACGCUUUGACUCAGUACUGGAAAAAGUGUUGGCGGAACUGGAGCCAGUCGCGCUACAAGAGCAGAUGUUCUGUAUAAACUUCUUCCAAAUGGACGUAAUUAGCCCAACAUCGAAGAAUACUCAAACCACAUUGGAAGUUUUAGAAAAAAGCACUGACUCCGCGAGCAUUCUAGCUUCACCCACAGCGGCAAGUGGAGGAGGCGAUGCGAGUGGAUUUCCACAGAAGAAAAUAGAUCGUCAAAUAAACGAGGAGGUCCGCAAAUUGAUGAUUGCUUUAUUCGGCUGCUUAGAGCCAGAGCUGGUAAGCUUUAUACAAAGCUAUGAACGCAUUGAUAGUUUCUAUUCACUUUACGUGCUCGUACGUUUAACGCAGCACGUCAUGUCGGCCCAAGAUACACAUUCCUUCCUUAGUAUGACCUUCGCCUCGGCGCUGGUUCAAGUUAAACGGAACUUUGACCGUUUUAUGCAGCAACAACUUUUGUCGGUCAAAGAAGCUAAAGUGCCUAAGCGUUCCAAGUGUGGCAUCUUGCCAUACGUGGAGAACUUCGAGUAUUUCGCACAAACUUCCGAGGGCAUUUUCCGGAAAUCGGAUCGUCGCACUGAUAUGGAAAAGUGGUAUUUACAGUUGGUGAAUUCAAUUUUUGAAAGCAUCAGUAUGCAUGCACAAGAGCACCCGAAAACGCCGUCGCAAGUCGUGCGCAUGGAAAACUACCACCACAUGUACUCGUUACUGGCGCAGCUAAAGGUACCCGGUCUGGAUGCAAUGAAGAAGGAAGCUAAAAUGCGCUAUAAUGAUGCGCUGAAAGUUUAUGUCAUACAAUAUUUUGGGCGUCCGCUGGAAAAACUAAAUCUCUUCUUUGAAGGUGUACAACAAAAGGUGGCUCAAGGUGUCAAAGAGACGGAGAUCAGCUACCAAAUGGCGUUCUCUAAGCAAGAAUUGCGUAAAGUUAUCAGCCAGUAUCCAGCACGUGAGGUCAAAAAAGGUCUGGAGAAUCUCUACAAAAAAGUCGAGAAACAUCUCUGCGAGGAGGAGAAUCUCCUGCAAGUAGUUUGGCAUGCCAUGCAAGAGGAGUUUAUUGCGCAAUACAAUUUUUUGGAAGAACGCAUACAGAAAUGCUACGCGGGAGCGAUGAUUACUUUAGAAUUCAACAUACAAGAUAUAUUGAAUUUCUUCUCGGACAUAGCGCGUUCGCAUUGAAUUUGCAUAGAGGUAAAUGCCUUGUUUGGAGAUACCGAGUAUUUCGUUACUUUUGUAAAACGAAAGCCACUUUCAAAUAUUUUUUUUAAUUAUUAUGUAUUAUUAUUAUUACGAAUGUAAAACUAUUGCUUUUCAAAAUAUGUAGGUAUGGAAAUAUUUAAGUUUACAAAGACGUGCAGAAUAUGUAUUAUUUCUAAGUGCAAUGGAGCAAAUACAAAUAAUAUAAAUAUGAAUAUACCACUCUGAUAUAAAUAUUGUACAUAUAUGGUUAAACGUGCAUUGUGGUUGUUGUAGAAAUAUAAGAUAUUUGCAUCAUCCAAUGAACUAUCUUUGUUAGGCGAAAGCUGGUGGUGCGGAUAUAUUUUUCUUCUUGCUAUUAUUUUAAAAUAACUUGAAUUAGAAAUUAUUUAUGAUCGUGAGUUUUUGUAUCAUCGUAAGUUUGAGAACCUCUGGUUGCGAUCACAUUUGAGACUCGCAAAACUUGCCCGUCUCUCUAUUAAACACACAUGUAUGUAUAUACCCAGGUGCAUAUGUGUAUAUGAAAUCAUAGACGUCCACACUCAAAAGAGCGCCCAAUGCCGUGGAGCAGCAGUAAUGAUAAAAAAGGUGCUUACUCACUCAGCCGCUGUGGCACUCAUGUAGCAGCUCUGCCCGUGUACCCGCUUAACACGGCGAGGGUGAUCUCGCUGUCUGACUGAGCGGCUGAGCGGCUGGAAGUGAGCUUCACCGGCGUGUUCUGCUUCAGUGCGAUUCUGAGUGUUCAAACGUUAAGUCGAGUUGGUGAAGUGGGCGCGUGUGUAUGUGUGUGUUUAUUUACAAACAAAAAAUUAUUGCAUUUAAGAGUUUAACGUUUGCAUUUUCCACUGCUGCCAACAAUUGCUGUCUUGCAUAGGUAUUGUUGUCACCAAUGCCGUUUGAUUUGCAGCAGCCUUUUUUGUUAGUGAGCGCAUGCCUACAUACAUACAUAUACAAAUAUGUAGUUUUGAAUAUGAAAUUUUGAAAAAAAAGCUACAGAAGCGAAGCGUCAAAAUUGCGACGUGCCAACGCUUCGGUCCUGUGCAUUUGGUAAAGUGAAGUCAGAAUUUUUUUUUAGUAAGUGGAAAGGGUGAAGAGGAAAAAUAUUUAUAAAUAAGAAUCAGUGAAUCAGUAAAGUAAUAAAACUCGCUAGGCAGCAAUAAUAAUAAAAAUAAUAAAUAAAUUACAACAACAAAUGCGAGUUCGAGUGAAAUUGCUUUUGUGCGUUGAACGUGAAUCUGCGGUUGAUCGGAUGUUGUUGGACUCGCGUAAACUCAGUGACUACAUGACUGGAAGGUCUUUGCUAGUGCUAUCCUGCUUGAGGCAACCAGAAUCAUUUCAGGCGAAAACAACGAACCAAUAAAAGUUGUAUUGGAUACAGACAAAAGAAGUCAUUCUGUAGUCAAUUCCGAGGGUUACCAAUAUUGUGAUAGUUUUCAACUCACACACUUGCUGUAAGUGACAAAUAAUAGGAGUGUGGUCCGCCUUAGCAGCAUGAAUUCGACGUCAUAUCGCGGCAGAUCCAGCGACGAAGCACUCGAUGAGCAUUUAAAGCUUCAACGCCAACAAGCGAUGCCGAUGACAAUGAGCACCACCCGUAGACAGCUGAGCGGCAGCACAGUGGUGCCGCCGACUCCACCGCCGCCCGAACGCAUGCGCAUGCGCACCGACUCCAAUGCGACGAGUAUCUAUGUGAUCGGUGCAGACUCCAUCAACACACCCAUCGGUGCAUCGGGCAGCGGUGGCACGGGAGGCGCACAGACAGAUAGCAAUCCGGCAACAAUGGAGCGCAGACAACAAAAUCGUUUGUCUUGGGUGAAUAUGCGUAGAGGUGGCGAAGACGCCGUGCAUCUCGAGGGUGGUGGCAGAGGCGCGGUGACUAUCACGCCAUCGCCGCAAACAACGCGCAGCUACAUAUCCACAGUAUCCACAAUCACAGCCACGACUGGCACUGUCGGCGACACAAUAAGCCGCGCUGGCGGGGGCGUUGGCGGAGGUGUACACAUCGGUAACGGCACAAUUAGUGGACGCACCACAGCCGCUUCGGGGCGUAUGAGCACUAGUGGUGGCACUACCAUUAGCGGUAGCAACAACACACUAAACGAUAUUAUUUCCGAUUAUCACAGCCAUGAGGCGGCCAGCAGCCGUGACUUCCACUACAACAACACAGUUGUGGCGUCGACGCCGCACAUGAAGAAUCUCUCCAGCACCGGCAGUUUUAACAUGACCAACGGCAGCACGGUGAAGCUCCUGCCGGCGAUGGAGGAUGAAUCCAAUCAGCAGACAAAAUGUUCGAUAUUUCGUGGGCUCGUGCUGUGCAUCUGCUUGAACGUCACCUACGCCAACAUCGUGCGUUUCCCGAGAGAAUUGGACAAAUACGGUUCGUCGUAUUUGAUUCCAUACAUAACACUAUUGUUUCUAGUCGGCUUGCCAAUUAUUUUAUUGGAGAUAUCAGUGGGACAGUUUUUGGGCCAAAGUGCUGCGCACACCUGGACCGCCUCGCCCAUAUUUAAAGGCGCCUGCAUCAUUAGCCGCUUCGCGUCAUGGCUGUCGACAAUUUGGGUAUCACUGCAAGCGGUCUUGGCAGUGGCCUACAUCGGCAUGUUCAUCUUUAAUUCGCUGCCUUUUCGGGAGUGUGUGGGCAAUGUGAAGAUGGCGCUGAAUGGCUACACAGUGACGGGCAACAGCGGACAAGAAUGCUUGCAGCGCACGUUCUUAACGCCUUUCUGGGAGAAUCCCAUGUAUUUCGGCAUGCUGGCCGUUGGACUGAUCGGCAUUUGGAUUGUAGUCAUGUUGUGCACGCACAAUGGCCGUUUCCUGCGCCGCAGCCUCUUUUUCUUCGGCAUACUGGGAUUUCUGUUGCUGGGAUGCCUCACCGGUUGGGAAGUGCACAACUCGUUCCAGCGUUCCUACUUUCCCGAGCUCUGGCCGUUUGAUUCAACGCUACUCAUGGAUUCCAACAUCUGGUUCAACGCAUUGAUGCAAGUACUUUUUGCUACUAACUGCGGCUUCGGCGCUUUGCCCGCAGUCACCGGGAAAUUUCUCUACAAAGGCGACGCCGUGCGGACAUCGAUCGUAUAUCUGUGCUUUAACUUGCUGGUGAAUGCAAUUGCUGUCACCUUAUUUAUGGUGCAAUUCGACCUCUCGGCGAAUAGUGGAUCCAUGAUUGAGGAACUCAAGCCACUCACAGCAGUCUACGAUCGCGUCAUGUACGAUCGUCCCAGCAUCGAGCUCAUUGCACGCAUUAUACCCGUACUAAUUUAUGCAUUGAUUGUCAUCUCCGCUAUUGUGGCAAUGACGGUGUCCAUCUACACGGUCACACGGUUGGUGCCGCGGCAUCCGAAUUACGUCAUCAGCUUGGUGGCGCUCGUAAUGACGAUCAUAUCUCUGGCCGCGCCGAAAUUCAUAAUUGCGCGCAUUUUGGAUACGCGUAUCGUGGGCACAAUCUUAAUUACGGCACUUGUCUUCGAGUUGAUUGCGAUCAGUUGGAUUUAUGGCGUCAAGAAUAUCUACACUGAUUUGGAAUUCUCAAUUGGACGGCCGAUUUUCAAAGGCUGGAUGUGGCUGUGGUGCAUUUGCCCAGGAAUACUUACCGCGUUGUUGGUGUGGUGGUGUUCGGACGACGAUCAGUAUGAUUUGCUGGCGGAGUAUGUACCACGUUGGGCACCCAUUCUACUCGCGCUGGCAGUGAUCUUCAUAAUAGCUUGUGUGCAGAUAUUCCGUCAAGUUGAGUACAAUUUCUUCGGCAUGAUCUGCGAGGCCUCUAAAUCGGCGAAGGAGUGGGGACCAACAGAUCCCUUAGCGCGCCAUGCUUGGAAGCAAUGGCGUUCGGUAUGUCAAGAUACUGGUCGGCGUGAUUUCACGCUUCGCCGACGUGGUACCCGCGAUUACACGCACUCUAUCAAGAAAGGACAAUAUUCCAGCUCUAGUAAAUAUGCGAACGGUCACGUGGCGCAGCAGAACUGGAAACAAUCUACAACCGGUAACAGUUCGCCCAACUACAGCGGCUCAAUGUUCGGUGAUUCCGCUAUUGAGGAAGACAUAAGCGUUGAUAAGUUUCCAGGUGUUUCACAACAGUUUAUGCCCUUCCAGAACAGUGAUGGCAAACCGCUGCGUUAUUCCAAUCGCUCACGCGCUCAGCCACAACAACGUUCAAAUGCACAGCAACAACAACAACCACAGCAACAGUAUAUAGAUCAAAACAGACAAUACCAAAACCAGCAGCUUGAGGACGAGUCACUGUCUAGCCCACCACCACCACCCCCAAGCCACGUGCACGCCAUGCGUCCGCACACUGCGAAUACCGACAAGCAUCGUGAGAUUGUCUAUAUACGCAGGCUUUCUGAGGAUGGUCGCCAUGCGACGCGCAUCGAAAUAACACCCUCCAACGAGUCCAUUACAUACGGCAGCUCGAAUGCCAUCACAGCUAAUGUCGGCGCUCGCAACCCGAUGAGCAGAGUCGGUGCCAGUGGUCCGCACGGCGCCGCUUACGUGAAGCGCUCCUCCAGCACCAGCAUGGCCGAACACAACCGACACUCGGUCGUGAGUGUGGGCGGCGGUGGUCUCGUAGGAGGUAUCGCCGGCGGCAAACUGCCACCCCUCAACGCGAAUGGCAGCGCGGACCAUAUCUGCUGGCGGAAGUUUACCGUGAAUCCGCAGGAAUACUCCACGGAGCUGUGAGGCCCAAACACAUUUGCUGCCACGACAAAGCAUCAACAUACAAACAUAAAAUAUACACAUACAACAAAAGACUUUUCCGUACCCAAGACAAAUUCGUUAUAAAAAUUACUUUGUAGUUAUUGUAGUAAUGCAUUAGUAAUAAUGAGACAUCUAAUAGUUGUAGUUGUAGUAGUGUAAUAUUAAAAUCUAGACAAUUCCAAAUUGAAUUCCAAUACUUGUCGCAGAGUACUAUUCUCUCUUUUAAUUAAGGUCAAAUUGAAAACAAAAACUUUGUAAAUAAUUAACCAAGCUAAAAUUAAUGAAUUGAUAAUUUGUAUAAGCUUUAACUGAAGAGUUCAGAUUAAAACGACUAACACGAGUACUAUAAGUAAUUAAAGUUAACGAAUGAAAAUCUCUUUGUUCAUAGAUAAUUUUAAGAAGAGGGCGAUUGGCGGCGCGAGCGCUGCAGAAGGACUAUAAUAAAUAAAUAACUGAUAAUCAUAACUAGAGAGAAAUUGUGUUUAUCCAUAAAAGAGAUACGAAAAUACAGAAUGUAAGAUUAAGGAAUGUAUUUAACGGAUGUAUUAGGAAUAUUGUAUUCGGAGCGCGAAAAAGUAUGCAACGCAAAAUUUAAUACGCGGCUGAAGUUUUUAAGUAAUGAAGUUAAGGCUCGAGUGGACAAAAUUGUUAAUCGAAAUUAAGAAGUAUGUUUGUAUCCGAGAUUGAGAACCACUAAAGUGAGCCAGUAGCUGUCAUCCAUAACUUGAAUUUAUAGUAUUGUGUUAAGCCAAUAGCCGCACUUCUGUUGGCUGCGCAAACUAAAGAAUGCAACGAAUAAUAAUAUUAGAAAUUCUACUAAAAUUGAGUAAAUAAAAUUAAAUGAAAGACAUUGAGAAACAAA